UAUCGGAAAUUAAACAUGAACCCCAAAUUGUAUUUUAUUUACUACACGCUUACGGCGGAGCUCCUCCUUCUGUCACAGCUACUCUUUGUGGAUGCCAGAAGUGUCUCCAAUGCUCCAACGCAGCAGCAGACGUUCCAGGAGAGCAGCAGAAAGUUCGAGGGAAGCAGCACCCCCCUGAGUAGCAGCAGAAAUAGCACCUCAAAGCUGAGCCAGCAGAAGAACUCCACAACCCUUUCAGUGUCCACCGAGGAAACUGCUGCUGCUGUCUCCGUUUCUGCAGCGGAAUCAUCACCCUCCACGGUGCAGCACUUGCGUCGCAAGAAGCGCGAAACUCACGUGGAUAUUCCCUUUGAUUUCUUCACGAAUCACAUGCACUGCGACUUCGAUCAAACGGGCACCUACAAGAUACUCGACUUCUUUCCCUUCACCUGCAUUUGGCUGCAAAACAAUAGGCACCACCACGAGGGCUGGUUCCGCAUCUACAUGCAGGCACAGAUGGAGGCAUUCUUCUUCGGGCAGUACUACGAGCGGCUGCGACGCUUCGAGCUCGAUCCGCACACCUUUGACUAUCGGGAAACGGAAAUAAUCUGAG